AUGGCGCUCGAGCCUGGCCUCGAACCCCCCUCGGGGCAGGUGUCAAACUUUGACAACCCCGACCGCCACAUGUUCUACUACUGCAUCGCCGCCAAUGUCACGGGCGUCGCUGUCACGACGGUCUUCAUGGGGCUCCGCCUGUGGGCGCGGCGUCGGUUGAGCAUGAGGCUGCAGGCAGACGAUGUGGCCUGCAUCGUUGGCUACAUUGGCUUUGUGAUCUACUGCGGGAUAUGCCUACUCAUGCUGAGAUUCGGCGGCGGAAUUCACCAGUGGGAUGUCGUGGCGUCGGCUGUGCCUUCGUAUAACCAGGCAAGGGUGCCCAGAACAGAUAUGGUCCGAGUGACACUGGCUGACCAGAGCCAGGCAGUAUACGCGACCAUGGUCAACUACGGCCCAACGGUGCUCGCGACAAAAGCCGCCAUCCUCCUCUUUCUCAACCGCAUCUUUGCGCCCUACAAGGGCUACGUCGCGCUCAUCUACAGCUUUCUCGGGAUCAUGGCCGUCUACUACACCGUCAUGUUCUUCCUCAAAAUCUUCAUCUGUCGGCCGAUCCCCGUGUUUUGGGGCGAGGGCGAGGGCGAGUGCUUCAACCAGCGCGUGCUGAUCUUGGUGGACAAUGUGAUCAGCCUGAUGAGCGACAUUGUUGUCUUCCUGCUGCCCUGUCCCCUCGCCAAGCAGCUGCAGGUCGGUCUGAUGGCCAAGGUCAAGAUUGCCGUCGUGUUUGGCGUGGGUGGUAUCGCAUGCAUCUUCAGCCUGAUCCGGCUGAUCUUCAUUAUCAACCGCGGCAACAGCCCUGACCAGACCUAUGUGUUCAUGGAGAUCAACCUCACGGGUGUCGCCGAGGUGGGCAUAGGACUCGUCUGCGCCACGCUGCCCCUGAUGCCAGCGCUGUGGAAGUCCAUCCGUCACGAGGAAAAGGUUGGGUACUGGUCGCAGGCCAACUCCAAUUUUGAGAUGUUCGACUCGCACAAGAGGUCACGCAACGCCACGCGCGACCAGACGGCGGUCACGUACAACGACCCGAUCGACAGCGACGAGCAUACAUUGAUACCGGGCAAGGGCUGUGUGACGACGCAGAUCCAGGGGGGAGGCGAGGGCCCGGGGAAGGAGAGCGCAGGGUCAGACGCCACGGAUACUCAGGGCAAGCCUCGAAUCAUGCUGACCACCGAGGUGAGGCAGACGCAUGAGGGCUGA